AUGUCUUUCCUCCGAUCCAGCGCUCUACGAGCGUCAUCACUUGCGCGUGCUGCACGUCCUGUGCGCUCCAUCCGCUCUGCCGAGCUCCAGCCAUGGCAACGAGCUGUCCAGCGCAGGACAUACGCCAGUGAACAUGGCGCCCACGGUGCGACUCAAAGCAGUGAAGUCCCAUGGAUGGUUGCUGCGGCUGCCGGUACUGCUACUGGUCUGUACUUAGUCUUUACCCAGGACUUAGGUCACGGUUCUGGACACGAUGAGGACCACCAUGCUGAGGCACACGAGACCCACGGCAAGAAUGAGGGUCAGGAUGGGGACGAGGAGUCCGGAAAAGAAGAGUCCAGUGAUGAGGGCGAGGACAAGUCUCAGGGUGGACCGAAGGAUGAGGCUAAGAGCAAAACGAAGAACCCUCCUCCAGAGGAACGCAACACUGAGCAGCCCGAGGAUCCGAGCAAGCCCGGCUCUGGCAAGCCCGACAAGAAGAAGUCCGAUGACUCUUCUGGGGAUGCCCCGAAGAACGAUGAGGACUCGCCUUCUCCCGAUAAGCACGACAAGGCCGACCCUCGCGGCAAGCCCAAGAGCACCAAUCACACAUCAGGCAAGCAAGAGGGCCUCUCCAACUCCGACACCCACCACAGCUCGCAAAUCUCCAAACAGGAUGACAAGAGCAAAAAGGGCGAAGGUGUUGCUGAGACUGCCAAGCUCAAGGGCACCGUCUCGACAAACCGUCCUGGAGCGGAGAACAAGGAAGAGCGCGGCAAGGCCCAGAUCGACAAGGACGCAUAGAGUAGAAACUUACCCUGCCUCUCAACCAUCUUGUAUUCUAUAGUACCCAAUCGGCGACCAUCGACUUCGUCGAA